ACAGUUAAAAAAAAAAAGAGAGAGAGUAUUGCCUGGAGGAGGAGAACCAGAGCUAGAGAGAGCCAUGUCAACUGUCUCGAGAAGAGCCAAAUGGCAUCCAACGCCGCCUCCGCCUCCCAGUCCGAAGAUUCUCCACUUCCCCCGCAUCCGGAGGACCCGCCGCAAGCAGCCGUGCGCACCACGGAGCCACCGGAUUAAUCCUUUCAUGGUUUUACACCGGAGGCACCUUGAUUCAGGAGGAAACGUGAAAAAUAUAUGCAUUCAAGGAAACGAGAGUGAUUUGCAGUCUCCUGUUGUUUUUAUGAAUCGGAGUGAGAGGAGGACUGGAGUGGAGGAAGGAGGAGAUGGCGGAGUUGAUAGUAGGCUCGAGGAGGAGAAAUGGAUGUUUCAAGCGGAGAUACUCAGAGCGGAGUGCAAUUUCCUGCGAAUGGAAAGGCAAUUUGCAAUGAAGAAGCUCGAGAGAAAUAGGAUUAAGACGGAGAGGACUCUUCGAUCGGCCGUCCAAACACUCAUAUCUGGGAGGAAGAAGAUUUUCGAAGGUAGGAAUGUGAGUACAGUUUUGGAGAAGGAGAUCGAGGAUUUAUCAGAGAAAUUGAAGGAACUGCACAGGAGCUCAAGAGCACGAGACGACGCAAUUAGAAGCUGCAGCAAUUUCGACAGAAAAGCCUGCCUUCUGCAGCGCCAAAUAGGAAAGCUCGGGCAAUCACCGGACGAAACUCCUCUGAAUGAAUUACAAGGAUUCAGUGACUCAAACUCGUCCUUGAAUGCAUCUCAUGAAACUGAUAAACAGAGCACUGUUACUGUUUCCACUAGCCAAAAGUGCACAGAAGUGGAUGAGCUGAAUAAGAAAAUGGAGGAGGGACUGUCAAAGGGAAUGAUGUUAGAGAGAGCACUGGAAGAAGAACAGUAUGGUUCCAUGCUUAACAGUGCAACCAAUGGCAUUGUUGACAGCUCUGUUUCUGAUUCCGAGGGAGUUGUGUGUCCCAAUUUGUCCAAUUUCUCAACCAGACAGGAAUCGACAAUACCCGAUGACGGAAGAUGCUCCGGGCACUGCAGGAUGAUUGUUCACCGGGUUGUUGAGCAAGUUCGAGCCGAGACAGAACAGUGGGCUCAAAUGCAAGAAAUGCUGGAGCGUGUGCGUGGAGAAAUGGAGGAGCUGCAGGAAUCCCAUGAUUUUUGGGAAAAACAUGCACAAGGUUCAGCUCAAGAGAUUCAGUGUCUUAAACUAGCUGUGGAAGAAUGGAAAGGCAAAGCUCUUAGUUAUGAAAUCAGAGCGAAUGAACUCCAUCUAGAACUAUCCCUCCUUCAAGAGGAGCUUCGAAGGGCUAAAGCAGAACGAAAACCAACGCGCAACAAGGAGGCAAAGACAAACACAAAGAUGAAGGAAAACCAUCCCACGACCAACGCCAAAGAAGAAAUUAAAGAGAUGCAAAUAGUUUCUUUAGGGAAACAAAUUGCAAAUGAGAGGAAAAUGGUGCUUCUUCACUUAAAAGACGACCAAAAAGACACAGAACAUUCGUUCGAUGGAAGAAGAAGAAAAGCAUACUCCAACAGGAGUGGAGUAGCCACCCUGCAACGCGCACCAUUGCAGGAUAUCGGAAACUCGGCAGCACUCCUAAGGUAAUUUCAGCAGUAAGUAAUAAACUAUCCAAAUAAAAGUUUAGACAAUGGUCAAGAGAAAAUGAAGAAUUGAAAGCAUGCCUCAAAUCUUUCUUUUCAUUUGCCAUUCUUUUUCUACUAAAGCUUUCUCACCAAUAAAAUAGCCUUUUAGAAAUACAAACUUUAAUAAGUCACCCUUUUUCAAAUGUUAAACCUAUGGUAGUCCCUGGGAAUGGGCAGAGCCAAAAAUAAAUUAAACCUAUAAUUUGU